UUUAGUUCGAAAGGGAAGUGCCGGCUUCGUAGUUUUCAGGGCUCUUUGAAGGUUAUCUAUUAUACUAGUGCCAAAUUCCAGCCUUUGCUUAAACAGCUCCCAAAUCGGAGAACUCGCUAGUGGACGCCAAUCAGGCAGCCAGAAUGACCGCUUCUCCGGACUUCUGACCCGGUUGGACUUAGGAGGGGCUGAAGCAAGAAGGAGGAAGAGAGAGGAGAGCGCUUGCUUGGUCCUCAAAUCCUUUAAGGAAUGUAAGACAAAGGAGAAGCCUGAGGCUUCAGUGGCUUUGGAAGAUCAUCCUCAUCCAAAAGACCAGGCUACCAUAGGAUGACGCAUGCGCAAUAGGUCCAAAAAUCUCACACUUGAACUAGGACGACUGUCUGAGCUAGUGGCCGCUAGGUUGCAAAACAAACAAGUCCCACGAGCUUUCGAGGACCCGGAUGAUCCCGCCCUCAGAGCAGAGCCGGAAGAGGGCGGGACAAACCGGAAGGAGGUGAAAUGCUUUUAGUAGACACUCCAUGGCUGUGAAGAUGGCGGCAGCUGCGUGGCUUCAAGUGUUACCUGUUAUUCUUCUUCUUUUGGGGCCUCAGCUGUACCCAUUAUCGCUUUUUGGCGUAGGACUGGCACCCGUGUCUGCUGCCGACCGAUCCAAGUGGCACAUUCCGAUACCGUCGGGGAAAAAUUAUUUUAGUUUUGGAAAGAUCCUCUUCAGAAAUACCACCAUCUUCCUGAAAUUUGAUGGAGAACCUUGUGAUUUGUCUUUGAACAUUACCUGGUUUCUGAAAAGUGCCGAUUGUUACAAUGAAAUCUACAACUUCAAGGGAGAAGAAGUAGAGACAUAUUUGGAGAAACUUAAGGAAAAAAGAGGCUUGUCUGGGAAAUACCAGACAUCAUCAAAAUUAUUCCAGAACUGCAGUGAACUAUUUAAAGCCCAGAGUUUUUCUGGGGAGUUUGUGCAUCGGCUACCUCUUUUAGGAGAAAAACAGGAGGCUAAGGAUAAUGGAACAAAUCUUACCUUUACUGGAGACAGAACUGUAAUGCAUGAACCGUUGCAAACCUGGCAAGAUGCACCAUACAUUUUUAUUGUACAUAUUGGCAUUUCAUCCUCAAAGGAAUUAUCAAAAGAAAAUUCUCUAAGUAAUCUUUUUACCAUGACUGUUGAAGUGAAGGGUCCCUAUGAAUAUCUCACACUUGAAGACUAUCCAUUAAUGAUUUUUUUCAUGGUCAUGUGUAUUGUCUAUGUCCUGUUUGGGGUUCUGUGGCUGGCAUGGUCUGCCUGCUACUGGAGAGAUCUCCUGAGAAUUCAAUUUUGGAUUGGUGCUGUCAUCUUCUUGGGAAUGCUUGAGAAAGCCGUCUUCUAUGCAGAAUUUCAGAAUAUUCGAUACAAAGGAGAGUCUGUCCAAGGUGCCUUGAUCCUUGCAGAACUGCUCUCAGCAGUGAAACGCUCCCUGGCUCGAACCCUGGUCAUCAUAGUCAGCCUGGGAUAUGGCAUAGUCAAGCCUCGCCUUGGAGUCACUCUUCACAAGGUUGUGGUAGCAGGAGCCCUCUAUCUUUUGUUUUCUGGCAUGGAAGGGGUCCUCAGAGUUACAGGGUAUUUUUCUUAUUCCUUGGCUCUGAUAGUAAACCUGGCCCUCUCAGCAAUUGAUGCCUGUAUUAUUUUAUGGAUAUUUAUUAGCCUGACUCAAACCAUGAAGUUAUUAAAACUUCGGAGGAACAUUGUAAAGCUCUCUCUGUAUCGACAUUUCACCAACACGCUUAUCUUGGCAGUGGCAGCAUCUAUUGUGUUUAUCAUCUGGACAACCAUGAAGUUCAGGAUAGUGACUUGUCAGUCGGACUGGCGGGAACUGUGGGUGGACGAUGCCAUCUGGCGGUUGCUGUUCUCCAUGAUCCUCUUUGUCAUCAUGGUUCUCUGGCGGCCAUCAGCAAAUAACCAGAGGUUUGCCUUUUCACCAUUGUCUGAAGAAGAGGAGGAAGAUGAACAAAAGGAACCUAUGCUGAAAGAAAGCUUUGAAGGAAUGAAAAUGAGAAGUACCAAACAGGAACCUAAUGGAAAUAGUAAAGUAAACAAAGCACAGGAAGAUGAUUUGAAGUGGGUAGAAGAGAAUGUUCCUUCUUCUGUGACAGAUGUAGCACUUCCAGCCCUUCUGGAUUCAGAUGAAGAACGAAUGAUCACACACUUCGAAAGGUCCAAAAUGGAGUAAAGAAUGGGAAGAUUUGAAGUUGCAGAUGGCUAGUAUCAGGGAAGAGAUCAGCUACUGUGUCAGUCUUCUCCAUUGUUCCAUGGGAUUAAAGGAGGCAGUGACAUCCUGAUCUGUUCCUUGGUCUUUGUGCAUUGGAGCUGGCGAGAGGUGUCAGAACAUGGAGAAUAUCUUAUUGAAAACACGUUCAUAGGAUGAGAAAAAUCUACAAGCUUAUUUACAGCAUCGAUUGCCCUUUCCCUCCCAAACCCUGACAUGGAUGUUUAUGCAACUUAUGUGUUGUUCCUGAACUUUAUAUGUUUCAGUUGUUUAAUAUGUCAAACUAAAAAGUUUAACGUCUUCUAAAGGACUUUGCCGUCAACACCAUAAUAUGUAAUCUCCAGGAGCAACUGCCUGUAAUUUUUAUUUAUUUAGGGAGUUGCAUAGGUGAUAGGGGAAAUUGUUAAGUGUCUUUCAGUUUCCUGGGAAGUUUAGGUCCCAUCUUGCAGUUUUGAAUAAAAAGGGUCCUUCUGAGUAAAGGAGCCAUGGUUCUGUCAAUGAUCAAAAGGGGGAAAAAGGAGAGAGAGAGAAACAGUUACAGUGAGAUUCAGAUCAUUUUUUAAAAAGCAAAAUCAAGUGCAAUUUUGUUUACAAAUGGUGUAUAUUAAAGAUUUUCUAUAUCAGAUGUACUUUAAAGAGAAAUAUUAGCGUUAACUCUUUAGACAUCUGCUAUUGUGACACAUCCCAUUGCUGGCAAUGUGGUGCACACUCCAAGACUUUUAACUACUGUUUUGUAAGCCUCCAAGGGCAGCAUUGUGGAGGCAAUGCUUUGUUUGCCUUCAUGCCAUUCUUUGGGAGUUGCACUAGAUGCCAAGAGGCACUCCAUCUAAGUGCUGUGAUUGAGCACCCUGCUAAAGGGACUGUAUGCCUCAGAUAGGGGGAGCUUAUAGAAAGGAAACAGGUACUGCUGGCUUAAACAGUUAUUCUUGCAUGAAAUAGUGGGGAGGCCCUGAACUGCUGCUUGUUCUUAGGAUUGACUGUUCUAGUAUCUGGUGUUAUUUUAGAGAUUGUUUAUAAGGGAUAUCACAAGGUGAUGGGAUUCACUUGAAGCACUAUAUUUCUGUUUUAAUGGUUUUAUCCAAUUUUGCCUUCCCAAGAUUUUUGUUCUACAUAAGAAGUCAUGCCACUUUUUAAUAUAAAAAAUUUUAAC